AUGCAGGGCAUAUCAGUCCGCGACCUCCAGGAUGGGCGCUUCCCCGGAACCCCGCAAAUGGCCCGCGCACUAGGCACUCCUCGCAGCAAGCGCUCAACAGGAGGCAGAAUCACUGGCACUGGCACACCCACGCGUUCACAGCAACGCACUGACAGGAUCCACCCUCACCACGUCAGAACUCCUAGAAGAACUGUCUCGACCGCUUCUUCUUCUGCGACGAACGCUAGUGCUGCUGGACAACCGUUGUCGCCUGCGCCGUCUACGCAUGGAAGGUCGCCGCGUAAGACUGCUGGAACGUCUUCUGUGUCUUCACCACGAGCCAAUAUCAUUAGCAGUCGGAAUGCAGACGCGUUUCUGAAGAGUAGGCUUGGGGUUGCCGGGAUUAGUCCCGGUGGUGGCGGGAAACGUGGCAGGGUGAAGGAAAGACUGUACGACCGAUUUGUACCAAGCGAAGACGCGAUCGACAAGGCUUCCUCUCAAUUCAACCUGCGCGACAAAACCGACCGUCACAAACUCAAAAUCAUGGACCCCGAAGCACUCGCCUACCAAGAACAAGUCGCCAAAGCCUGCGGAGUAGCCCUCGACAAGCGCAUCCUGGCCUUCAACGCCGAACCGCCCGCCGCGUCACGGCACGAGAUCAAAACAUCCUGGAACCGACCCUUGCGGAACCCCAACUCAACUGCUGCAAAACGCCGCGUCAAAACGGAGCCAGAGAAGGUGCUCGAUGCCCCCGGCCUGCUGGACGAUUACUACCUGAACCUGCUCGACUGGUCAACAACCAACAUGCUCGCCAUCGCCCUCGAAAACACCGUCUACCUCUGGAACGGCACCACGGGGGUCGCGUCCCCGCUCCGCCAAUCCUCCCGCCAAGACACCUACAUCUCCUCUCUCCAAUGGGCCCCCGACGGCAGCCACCUCGCCGUCGGGCUCAGCGAAGGCGAGAUCGAGAUCUGGUCGCUCGAGAGCAUGAAGAAGAUGCGCACGAUGCGCGGGCGCGCGUCCCGGGUCGGCGUGCUCUCGUGGGACAAGAACGUGUUAUCCUCCGGAGCGAGGGACGGGAGUAUAUGGAACCAUGACGUGCGGCAGGCGAACCACCGGACCGCGCAGCUGAUGGCGCACGAGUCGGACGUGUGUGGGUUGAAGUGGAGGCCGGAUGGGAUGUUUUUGGCGAGCGGGGGGAAUGACAACCAGGUGGUGAUUUGGGAUGCGAGGUCGAGUUUGCCCAAAUUCACCAAGCAGGAUCAUACCGCUGCUGUCAAAGCUCUAGCCUGGUGUCCCUGGCAACUCAACACCCUCGCCACGGGCGGGGGCUCGCACGACCGCACGGUGCACUUCUGGAACGUCGCGACCGCCGGCAAGCUCGCGUCCGUCGAAACCGGCUCCCAAGUCACCUCCAUCAUCUGGUCCACCGAAUACAAAGAAUUCUUCACCGCGCACGGGUUCCCCAACCACCACCUCUCCAUCUGGAAGUACCCUUCCUUGACCAAGAUCGGGGAUUUGGAGGGCCAUGAGAGUAGGGUGCUGCAUACGGCAUUGAGUCCGGAUGGACAGACGGUCGCCACGGGGGCCAGUGAUGAGAAUCUGAAGUUUUGGAAGGUGUGGGAGAGGAGGGGGAAGGGCAAGUGUGCGGGGUCGAGGGGGGAGGCGAAGGGGAAGGAGAAGGAGGAUGAGCUGGUGGACGCUUAUAGGAGGUUGGCGAUUCGGUAG